GACGCGGGCGAGCGCUGCUCGGCUUCGCUUUGGGAACUUGGGGGCAAAAUGUGCCUUUUAGACCUGGAAUACCAGAUUUCAAACACGGAUUACAUUGAAUAGGAUGUUGUCACAUUAUCAGGUCGAACAAAGGGAUUACUCGAAUAUUCUAUAUAUUAUAUCAACACAAAGUCCGCUUCUGAAGUGAGGAGCACUGAGAAUAUUUCACGUACAAAAGUGCGCGACGCCGAAACUAAAGGGGCAGCGGAAUUGCUUUAUAUUAAUUAACUAUUUUAUUUGUUUUAUCUUGGAACUUUAUCUUCUUAUUAAGACGUGCUAUUCUCAAACGUAGUCGUAUGUGUUUGGUCGUAAAUAUCAACAACUAUAAUUUUGCCAAAUGACAGUUCGUGCCGUCGGAGUUUGCCGCGUCUUGAUGGGGAGCGCGAGCCUGCAAGCAAGCGUUACAAAGAAAGAAAGAAACUUACAGAGAAAAACAUGACGUCUUCUCAUCCAUGGAGAUAUGGCAUAUAGGUUCCUGUCCAGCCGAAUCGUGCCAUCCUCAAACAGAUUAAGCAGAAGAUUUAUUUUUAUAUUCACAGUCACUUUGUCGUUCAUGUAUCUAUGCUACAGCAUCCUAUUCUGUUCCGGUACAAUCAUGCCUAACCAGAGAUUGGAGGAGCAUCGCUGCGUCCAUCUGAAAAACAUAGGGAGUAAAAAACUUUUACAGAAGUCUCAUUAUUGCACUCUAUCAACGAAGGCGAGAGUUAUCUCUGAAGAGAGGAGAGCUGUGGGUCUCUUAUCAAACCUUACUGGAAACCAAAGCAAACAGAAUACACAAGCGCGAAAUUUAGACACGGUGGAUCACAAGCAAAUUAAUAAUACGAAUUCGCCAAAAUACGGGAACAAGAAGUUACCGAAUGCACUUAUAGUUGGCGUUAAGAAAGGAGGAACCAGGGCGGUACUGGAGUUCAUCCGGAUUCAUCCAGAUGUCCGAGCACUUGGGACGGAGCCACAUUUCUUUGAUAGAAACUAUGACAAGGGCUUGGACUGGUACAGAGGCCUUAUGCCACGGACUCUGGACAGCCAAAUAACCAUGGAGAAAACACCAAGUUACUUUGUGACACGGGAGGCACCACGGCGCAUCUCAAACAUGUCCCAUGAAACAAAACUGAUCGUUGUGGUGCGAAACCCCAUCACGAGGGCAAUCUCCGACUACACGCAGACCCUGUCAAAGAACCCCGACAUCCCCUCCUUUGAGGAACUAGCUUUCAAGAACAAGAGCGUAGGCAUCGUGGACACCUCAUGGAACGCCAUCCGCAUAGGAAUGUACAUCCUACACCUGGAGAACUGGCUGCAAUUUUUCCGUCUCUCGCAAAUCCAUUUUGUUAGCGGGGAGCGCCUUAUCACGGAUCCGGCCGGAGAGCUCGGCCGUGUGCAGGACUUCCUGGGGCUCAAACGCAUCAUCACAGACAAGCACUUCUACUUUAACCGAACAAAAGGCUUCCCAUGCCUAAAGAAGCCAGAGAGCAGCAGCCAGCCUCGCUGCCUGGGCAAAUCUAAGGGCAGAACUCACGUGCAGAUAGACCAGGAGGUCAUUGAGCAGCUUAGAGAAUUUUAUAGGCCAUUCAAUGAGAAAUUUUAUGAAAUGGUGGGUCAUGACUUCAGAUGGGACUAAAGUGAAGGCCUUUGGUGAAUGACGUGUGAGCCAUUGAAUAAAAUCAGUUUGUCCAUUUGUUAGUGGGACGAAAAGACAUGGAAAACAUCAGACCAAUUGACCCUUUGCUAAGCUCCAACCCACUUGGUUAUUGUUGCUUGUGCAGAUCAGCUUUACAGUAUAUCCCAUUGGAAUGAAUUGGAGAUGUCCACGAACAGUGCAGUCUUAAGGAAAACAUGCUUGCUUACAUUUUUAUACGAUAAGAAGACAUGUGCAAAAAGUACGAGGGAAACACAUUUGCUGAAUACAUUCCUAUGUAUAGCAAUUUUACAGGAAUAUAGAUGCACAUCAAAAAAGUCAUAUGACUUUGCCUCAACAAGCCAUGUGAACACAUAAUUAGUUCAGAGAACAUCUUCAAAAUAUUCUCAAGGCAUCUCAGAUGUUGCUUUCGUAAUUGAGAGUGCCAAAACCUGUAAUCAAAAUGAUGGGCUACUAUUACAUGCCCAAAACUGUGUAACAAACAUAAACUAUAUGACAUCUGCCACUGAAUGCUUCAUUAGAGUGUUUUGUCUGCACGCAACUUUUUUACAUUAAAUAAUAGUCACAGUGGCUUCAACUUUCAUUUUAAUUUCUAUUUUGCUCCAAUUUCUUUUACAUAACUUAAUUUUGUAACUUGGAUGGAAACAAGACUAUUGUAAACUGAAAGGAGAAAGGCCUCAUAUGAAAGUGAUUACA